AUGGAGUUCCCUAAACCCCACAUCCAUCAUCCCCAAGGCCCCCACACCCACACCGUUAUCCUACUACAUGGUCGCGGCAGCGAUGGCCCCGAGUUCGCCGAAGAGCUUUUCUCAUCUUCAACGUCCAAGGAUAAAAACCUGCCUUCCUGUCUACCCUCCUAUCGCUGGGUAUUCCCAACCUCACGCGACCGAUGGAGCACUACGUUCGAAGAGGAGAUGUGCGCCUGGUUUGACGCCUACUCCUUAAACGAUAUCCACGAACGACAGGAACUGCAGAAAGACGGAAUAAGAGAGUCAAUUUUACACAUUCUCGAUAUUCUCGAGGAGGAAGCUCGACUGCUAGAUGGACGAUUUUCCUACAUCUAUCUCGGGGGUAUGAGUCAGGGAAUGGCAACUGCCUUAUGGACGUUCUUGGCUGCAACUGCGAUGGGCCGAAUCCAAGGCCCAUUAGGUGGUCUGCUAGGCUUCUGUGGUUGGUUGCCAUUCGCGCAGCCGCUAGAGCAGUUGCUAUCCAAACCUUCCCUUAGUCCUGAUAGUUCUCGGGCACAGAGUCUAAUAUCUGGGUUCUUCUUUGAUGAAAUUGCCGGUAGGAUAUCGCGCUCUGAUCAACCCGUCGACUGUUCUAUUUUAUCUACGCCAGUGCUUUUAAGCCAUGGAUCAGACGACCCCUGGGUUUCUGUGGAACUUGGACGGCAAGCAUGUCAAGUUCUGCGGAGAAUUAUGGUACGCGUCGACUGGCAGGAGUUCACCGGGGCAGAGGGUGAUGGCCAUUGGGUCAAGGAACCCGAGGGCUUUGACCGGAUCCUGCAUUUCCUUGAGUGUUGA